AUGCCAUCAGCUCAGCCUCCGCCCCCUCUCGCUCUCCAGCCGCCUCCGAUCUUCUCCCAGAGCCUCUUCGACGAGCUCGUGUCCCUCGUCAGAGGCCCCGUCUGCUGGCCCACCGAUCCGGAAUACGCCGAGCGCGCGAAGACUUUCAAUGGCAAACUCAAACCCCGAUGCCGCGUCCUCGUCUCGCCUCUCAACGCCCAGGACGUCUCCGCCGUCAUCAAGUUCUGCUUGAAGCACAAACUGUCGCCCUCGGUCCGCGCUGGCGGGUACGCGAUCCCCGGCUGGGCCGUCUCGGGCGACGUUCUUGUCGACAUGAGCAUGCUCCGCGACAUCGCCAUCGAGCCUCCGCUCAAUGUCCCCGAGGGAACCAAGGUCGACUGGACGCCGCUCAAGGACACCCCGAUUCCAGAUUCAGACAACACGAAGCGUCCUCUCCGGACGGACGUAUGGGCCUUCCUCCUCUAA